AUGUCUCGAGUAUCCCUCGUCACCGGCGGCGCCCGGGGAUGCGGUCUCGCCUUUGCGCAAGGGCUAGCAGAAGCCGGCGCCAACGUGGCCAUCUUUGACAUGGUCGAGCCGGAAGCCCAAUUUCAUGCCAUUGAAAAGACAUGUGGUGUGCGAACGGCCUAUUACAAGGUGGACGUCUCCUCCGAAUCCUCCCUCGCGGCAGGAUUCCAGCAAUUCCAGGCCGACUUCAACAACGCGCUCGAUAUCUGCGUGCCGUGUGCCGGCAUCAACCGCCAUCUGUCUUUCCUGGAGUUUACCUACGAGGCGCACCAGAGCCUGCUGUCUGUCAACAUGAUCACCAAUGGAACCAAGCACGGCAGUAUUGUGCUGGUGGCCAGCAUGGCGAGCCACAUCGCCGUGCGCAGCCAGCUGUGCAGUGCAUACUGCGGGUCUAAAGCGGCCGUACGAGGCAUGUGUCCUGCCAUCGCGAAAGAACUAGCGGAAUAUUUUCCCCAUCUCCUGGAGGGAUGGAAAUCCGAGACGAUGAACGGACGGAUCGCCGAGCCGGAGGAUAUCAUGGGGGCGUGUGUCUUCUUGGCCAGUGAUGCCAAAACGUUAGAGUUGAACGAAGUGAUCAUGGCCCCCGGUGCUGAUCACGAAGGAUUCGUCGACGACGGCGCGGUCGAUGCAGCCACCACGGUGCUCAUUGCCGGUGCUGGACCGUCUGGGUUGAUGCUGGCAUGCAAUCUCGUGCGUUUUGGAAUUGACGUAACCAUCCUCGAUGACCGACCCGACAAAACAUCCACCGGAAAGGCCGACGGCAUCCAGCCCAAAACGAUCGAGACACUGAAACAACUGCAACUAGCCGAUCCGUUGUUGAAGAAUGCGGCGCGUGUGUAUGAUAUUGCCUUUUGGGAAUCCACUCCCGAUCAACCCCUGCGACGAACAGGCCGUCAAACGCAUUAUCCGGACCACCUCGUGGGCGCAUCUGAUCCCUAUAUCUUAUUGGCACACCAGGGCAUGCUGGAGGAUGUGUUCAUCGACGAUAUCGAGUCUCGCGGGGUGUCUGUCCUUCGCAACAGCUCGUUCGUCUCGUGCGCGCGUGUGUCUGGUGGUCGCGGACUGAUCUUGUCCUACGAUGACCUCAACAACAAGACAACUAAGAAAAUACGGGCAGACUAUCUUGUCGGGUGUGAUGGCGCGAGGUCCAAGGUUAGGACCUUCAUCCCAGAUGCACCGCUGGAGGGAGAGAUGACCAACGCAUCCUGGGGCGUGCUCGACGGGGUCAUCGACACCGACUUCCCCGACCUCUGGAGCAAAGUCGCCGUCCGUUCCCACGAGGGAGGCUCCAUCCUGUGGAUUCCCCGGGAGCGCAACAUGACCCGACUAUAUGUCGAGUUGAGCGCAACGGAUGGAGAACGGGUAGACAAGUCCAAAGCCACACCAGAGUACGUGAUCCAACGCGCCAGGCAGGCCAUGCAUCCGUUUCGUCUUGAGUGGAAAAACAUCGAAUGGUUUGGGAACUAUGUCGUGGGCCAGCGCGUGGCCAAACACUUUGCGGACCCGGCCUUGCAAGUGUUCAUCGCCGGUGAUGCCGGACACUGCCACUCGGCCCUCGCAGCGCAAGGCGCCAACACCAGCAUGCACGAUAGUUUCAACCUCGCCUGGAAAAUCAACCUGGUCUCACGUGGGUUGGCAUCGCCCGCCCUAUUGUCGACUUACGAGGAGGAGCGCCGCAAGAUCGCCCGAGAUCUUAUCAAUUUCGACACGGGUCACUGUCAAGCUUUUGCCCAGGGAGAGGCCGCUCUGGCGAAGAACUUUGACGACAACAUCCGGUUUAUCUCGGGAGUGGGUGCCGAGUAUCUGUCUGGCACCUUGACAAGAUCUUCUCCAGAGACGUCGAACACAUCCCUCCGUCCUGGUGCCCUGAUGCUUCCUGCCCGGGUGACCCGGUAUAUUGACGCCAACCCGGUGGACAUCCAGCUUGAUAUCCCUAUGCUCGGACAAUUCCGCUUGUAUCUGUUUGCUCCUGACGUUAACUCCUCUCAACCCUUCUUGACAAUGCUGUGCCAGCACCUGGACACAGCCUCAUCUCUGGGUCGGGUGGCUCUUCAGGCCGACGCGUCCUAUCAGAACCAACCGCGAGGACAGUCAGAAGCGGACGCAUUUGCCCAACACCAGAGAUACACCCCGGUGUCCCAGAUCCUGACGUAUGUCCUGGUCACGCGGUCUCCCCAAUCGUCCUUUGAAAUUGCGGAUCUGCCUGAAGCGUUGCAAAAGAGUCGGUGGUCGUUGUAUCUGGACGGUGGUGACACGUCACACUGUACGGCCAAGUGGAUGGGCGGGUUGGCAGAGAACAAGGCUGGGGUCGUUAUUGUCCGACCGGAUGGGUAUGUCGGGGCUGUUCGAUACUGGGGUACAGAGGAAGGAGCGGGAGCAGCGCAGUGGGUGGAUGAAUAUUUCAAGGGUUUUUUGGUUGAUUGA